ACCAGGCGGUCAGUCAGCAAGUGGAUCAUUCUGACCAUUGCAAGGACAGAAGUAAAGAAGACCGAAGGAGCAGCCCCAGCAAACAGCCCAGCAUGUUGACCAAAAGCCUUUUCCUCGCCGCCAUGUUGUGCGUCUGUCAGGCACAUCUGUGUCUGAUCUCUCCCCCGCAGCGUGGAUCUAUGAUGAACCUUAACACAAAGGGUUCCAGUGACUGUAUCCUGCUCAAGUCCCCAUGUGGCGGUCGGGAAAUGAGAGAACAUGGAAUAGCUCUGACAGCUGGGGAGCGGUUCGCUGUGACGUUCCAGAAGAACUUGGAUCACUUCAACGCGAACAAACCAGGUUACUUCUCCAUCUCCAUCGGCCAUGGCAACGAGACGAUGCACGAGCUGUUCCACACCGCGGACACCAGCGCCCCGUCCCUCUCUCUCUACUCCACCAACAUCACUAUUCCGCACAUGGAAGGUCCCACGAUCCUUCAGGCCCGUUACGUCACCAACAACGACCAGGCUCCAGCCGUGUUCUACCAGUGCAGUGACGUCAGAGUGGUGCCCCGCAGACCCCCACAAGCGGUGAUCAAGCCGUGAGCUCGACUGGACAACUUGGAGUUGUCGAAGCGGCACGACGUUCGUCGUUUCUGUGUUCUGCAAAGUUUCCACUUUCAACCUGGUUCAAAGGCCUUGCAGCAAGUUGCCACAUCCACCCUUACACAUUUGUUAAUGAAUAAUAAACUUCAUUUUCCUCACUUACGGCUAA